UUUGAGGAAAAAGUAAUAUUUAUUAAAAUAUGUCUUCAGCCAGUUUCCCAAUUGCGCCAAAGCAGACUGUAGAGUUUAACAAGGUUGAAUCAGAAGGAUGGGAGUUCUAUGUCUCUAACAAACCUAUGUUUAACACUAAAGAACUUGAUCAGAUAGCAGAUGUUAUUCCUACACAAGCACUUCCAGAUAUUGUAUUUGGGUACAACAGGAUCUACAUGGUGAAUAAGAAGAGGAACUUUCUUUAUGAGUUCUCUCCAAUAGAUGCACUUACUCUCUGCUCUUAUGCAGUCCAGACAAAAAGACUGCACCCAGAUCAGGUUGAAGAGACCAAGGACGAGGCUUCAAUGGAUGAGGAAACCAAGGAAGUUGAUCAAUUCACUGCUCUUAACAGGAUCGACCUAAAACCCAAAAAUGUUGAGGUCUCCAUGGCUGACAAAUGGAAGGACAAGGAUACUUCUAAGAUUGAAGAUUUUAAGGAGCUUGAGAUCAUCAGUGACUGGACUUACUCCACUCCUUAUAAAGGAACCGUCCUCCCUCUUAGCGAGAAUGUUGAGAGAAUCAAGCAAGAUUUUGACUUAGAAAUUGAGCCUCAGGAAGAGCCAGAAAACAGUGAGAUUACUAUAGAGAGGACAGAGGAUGAAAUCCCCAUUCAUAGAUUGACUCCUGAGAACCCUAUUCUUCAUUAUAUGGAAAUUGAGAUGUUUGAGGAUGAACUAGAAGAUUGCGGUCACACUAUGUCAAAAGUCAGGUUCAGAAUCAUGAAAGAUUGCUUCUAUGCCCUUGUUAGGUAUUAUUUGAGAGUUGAUGGAGUCAUUGUCAGAAUUCUGGAUACUAGAAUUUUCCAUGACUUUGAGACAAACCACAUCAUCAGAGAGUUCUGGCAUAAAGAGGCAACUUAUGAUGAGCUCAGAGCUAAGCAUUUUGACCUCAGCUCUGAAUGGGGACUCGAUCCAAACCAAUCAGACAGAGUUUUCAACAGCCUUGAACUAAAGUUCAGGAUCAGGGAUAAAAUAUCCUUCUAAACACAAUUCAAUUUUG